AUGUCAGAAAGUCCAGAAAGAAUGCCAGCUUACAACUAUUAUCGAAACAUGUGGUGGGAUAAGGGAGAAUUUAACGAAAAAGCGAGAUGGGAUGAAAAUUAUGAAGAACAUGUAGAAAAGUUAGCAUCCAUAGAUGCUGGGAAUGGUCGAAUGAUUGUUGGACAAAUAAUGGUUGCUUUUCAAAAUCUAGAAGGAACACCAGCUGAGAUUUAUAGUAUUGGCUCUACUGAUACAUGUGAUAAAAACUGUGGAAAAGUAACUGAUGCUUUAUUUCAUCCAAUAAAACCAGCCGAUCGUCCGUGGCCAAAUUUGGUUGUGGAAGUAGCCUAUAUUGAACCAUUAGAUCACGUUGAAGAAACUUUAAAAUAUUGGUUAAGUCCUGAUUGUGCCCAUGACUUUAUUAUUGUUAAAAUCGAUCCUGUUCCCAAAGGCCAAGCUUGGUAUUAUUGUAUAGAAGACAGAAGGACAAGAAAUACAUUUCCAUAUAGAACUUCAUUUGAAUUUGGUAUGCAAGAUGGUACAGGAGCUCCGUUAAAUAUUUUGCAAGAUCAAUGCGUCAUUAACAUAUCAUUACGCUGUUUUUAUUAUAAUUUAAAGCCUCCUGCCCAAAUCCCUCUAAAUUUUAAUGAUUCCAUCCAACUGGACUUUUACUUUGUUCAUCGAGCAAUCAUUCUAACAUAUGGCAUUCAUUAG